AUGGAAGAAAAUUCCCUACUGUCCCCAGAGCAAAAGAAGGCGUACGUUUCACUUAUCAUUAUUCGACAAUGGAAUAUUCUCAGCCUCGUGAAACAGUAUGAAGAUAACCAGGCCUUGUAUCAAAUUCGGUUCUCCUUCAUCUUUCUUCGCGUCGCCUCAACCUUCAACCCGGAGGGUCCUGCGUCGGAACCCGUUAGGGUCCUCGAAGCUGCCGAAGGAUAUUCCUGCAACCUUCUCCCAGGUCUUCUUUGUGCAUUUUAGCCUAUUUUCCUUGCGAUAAAAUAAAACGUUUUUUUUCAGCAGCCUUUGAGAAAAGGUUUUAAUAAAAUGAAGUCAAUAGUUUCAAGCGGUAGGAAGUUUGUUUGAAUAAAAUUAAAAACCCUUUCUUUUGAUUAUUCAUGUUUGUGAUCUGGUGGAAAUGCGGAUAAAAUAAGAAUGGUAUAAAUUCCAUUCUCAUCCAUUUUAUCGUGAAAACUCUUCAGUUUCUCCGAGUAAGCUUGAUUUUUUAGGUUCUUCUUCUCAAUGAAGCUCGUCCGAAUAAGUUUCCUGCUCACAGAUGCUUGUAUGAUUUUUUUUUUCUCAUGAAAAAUUCAGGUUUGUCAAUCGGUAUUUUUUUCAUGUUUUGAAAAACAGAAAACUGCGAAAAACAUUCAUCAGCAUAAUCAAAAAGCAAAAACUCCUACUCACCAUUAAAAGAAAUAUUAUUUUUCUUCUCUUGUAGAAACUCUGGUUCUGAUUAUACAAAAAAACAAAAAGAAAGACAAUUUUCGAUGAAAACUUUUUUUGCAGUUCCUGUUUCAAUCGCCUUCUCACUUGCUCGGCAUUCUACUACAAAAAAAGCAACUUUGCAUUUCUCUACUGUUUUUGUUUCAAAUGAAUGAAAUCUCACCAGAAAUAAUGCUCGAUUUGUUUAUACUCCUUUGCAAAAGGACAAAAAGUACUUCAUUGACAGCUCCAUUUCCAGUUUUUCUCUCCUUCUUUGUACAGGAUGUCAGACUACGACAUGAUUAUUUCCACCUACGAUCACUUGAUCGAAUCUGCUAAAGAAAUUUUAAAAGAAAAUCUCUCACAAGAAGAUAGGAGGGCGUGAGUUGGAAUACAGAUGUCAUAAGAUGAAUGAAUCUUUCAGAUUCGAAAUUCGAUUGGAUCAAAUGCUCGUGAGGAGAGACCUCACUGUGGUGCUUCAGCGCCUCUGGAACUCGGUGAGUUUCUUUUCAAAUUUAACUAGAAAUUAUUCCGUGUACUCACUAACUUUUACCAUUUUUCUUUUCAGAACGCGUCUCGCACAUAA